UCCAUUCCCAGGAGACUGGUCAUCUCAGCCGGCCUCGGAGGAACGCCGAUCACCCCACAGCUGACAGAGAGCCUGAGGAGGAUUCUGUUUGGAGGAACGUUUCACGUCUUCAACUACGAGUGGAGGAAAUCUUACUUUCAGUUCAGGGAGCUGAACUCUGAGUUAUCCUACGCUCUGGAGACUGACAGGGGUGGAGCGCGAGCCGUUCAGAUGGUCGUCCAGGCUCGAAUCAUUAAACACCUGCUGUUCAUCCGACAGAGCGGCUCAGACGGACGGACGCUACACAGUCUCUGUGAAGUAGGACAGAAGGAUCAGGAGAGGGCACUGGCAGCAGCACUGUCCGACAGUCUCUGGUUGGCUGGCCAGGAGGUCAGUGCCACCGUUACCUUGGUAACCGAAGACUACUGUACGACACCUCACCUGGACUACAAACUGGACAACUUCACAGAGAGGUUGCAGCUGUUCUCAUUUCACAAGAAAGAAGACGUGAGGGAGUUCAUCCUCGAGCACAUACAGUGUUUUAAGGAGGAGGGGAGUCAUGGAGUCAUCCUGUUCCUGUACAGCCUCAUCUGCUCCCGGACAGUUGACAGGCUGAAGGAGGAUCUGGACUCCACCACCUCCCACCUGCUGUACCUCAGUCUGGGAAACUUCGUCUGCUGUCAGGCUUUGCUGAACCUGCUGCUGACCGGCAGGGCCAGUCCCAAUGUUUUUAAUGGGACUCGGCAUUUCGGGGAGGACGGCCGGCCUCUGGAGCGCCCCCUGCUGGGCGUCCAGUCUCGUAGCGACGUGGGAUAUCUUCACUGGAGCCGAGAGCAGAUGGAAAGAGGCAGGCUGCCGCCGGUGGGCAGCAUGUUGAAGACCCCGAGGUUUCCGGUCUGGCUCUGCUGCAUAAACAGCAGCUACUCGGUCGCGUUCAGUCUGAACCGCUCGCUGCUGUCCGACUGGAAGAUGGAGCAUCUGUUCCACCUUUACUACUACAGCGGCCAGAAGUCCCAGAAGACCACAGCCAGACUGACUGUAGACACUCACUCCCACCACUGGGAGGCGUCAUCCAGAGACUCAGAUGGAGACCCAGAGAAAAGGUUUCCCUCACUGGAGAUGACCAUCAGGACCAAGUGGGACGGAGCCGCGAUAGACUGGGACAGCACUUCACCUUUCUACUGA